UUCUUUACGCCAUGUAAGGGCCAGGCAAGUAGGGUGGAGGGAUGGCAGCAGAUAGCGCCACGGGCGCAAAACGUGGGUCAGGAACUAAUUUGUCGGGUGGAGUGCUUGUUGUUACGUCAUUGGUAGCAGGGGCUGCGGCAGGAGCGCUCGCGAAGACUGCUAUUGCUCCCCUGGAUAGAACUAAAAUCAACUUUCAAAUCUCUAAUACACCAUACACAUGGCGCGGCGCUGUUAUCUUUGUACAGAACAGCGUGUCUCGCGAGGGUUGGAUCGCGUUAUGGCGCGGAAACAGCGCGACCAUGGCUCGCAUAAUACCGUACGCUGCGAUACAGUUCACAGCUCACGAGCAAUGGAAACGGUUGCUGGGUGUUGACACACCGCAUACCGCUCAAGAGGCGCCCUUUCGUCACUUGAUAGCGGGAUCCCUUGCUGGAGUUACCUCACAGAGUGCCACUUACCCAUUAGAUCUGGCGAGGGCACGUAUGGCUGUAGCGGACUACAGAUCUCUUAGGGCGGUCUUUGUAAGGAUAUUGAGAGAAGAAGGGGCGGUUACGUUAUACAGGGGAUACGGUGCUACAGUAUUGGGAGUUAUUCCCUACGCCGGUGUUUCAUUCUUCACGUACGACUCGCUCAAGCAUUGGCAUCUUGAUUAUACAGGUACAGCCCCCCACGGCUUCACAAAUGUUUUAUUCGGAGGUAUAGCUGGGGCUUUGGGCCAAACGUCGUCCUACCCACUGGAUAUCGUGCGCAGGCGCAUGCAAACCGCAAAACGAGCGCCUGAUGGCACAUACCCCUAUCCGGCCAUAUUGCCUACUCUAGCACAUAUUUACAGAACUGAGGGCUGGCGGGCGUUUUUCAAAGGCCUGAGUAUGAAUUGGAUUAAGGGGCCUAUAGCUGUUGGCAUAUCGUUCGCGACAUACGACCAGAUCAAAACGUCUCUACGGGAAAUCGCGCUAACAUUCUCCUCGCUUAGGGAAAGCUUAUAAAUGUUGCCAUUAUAAAUAAUUUAUUAGCACAAUAUGUACAGCGUGUUAUCACUGUGAUAUGGGAGUCGUGCAAUUAUUUUAUUUGUCUGUACGAGCUGUUAAAGUUUUAAGUGUAAUAAAAUCAUUUUAUAAGUCAAUUUAUGAUAUAUUUUUGUAAUUCAUAUUAAACAUUACAGUUUUUUUAAUAGCGAAAGUGUUGCAUGUUAGAAAAAUAUACAAUGUAAUGGUAACGCUCCAUGGACCACAGACCAUAUAAAUAAAGAAUUGUUUACACUGAUAUUGUUUUUUGUGUAUUAAUAGGGAAUAUGCAUAUUUUUAUACCUUCAAUUGAUUAUUAUUUACGAAAUUUUGUUUGAAGUACAAAAUCAGUUUCAGUCAUCGUUCUAGAUGCUCAAAAAAUCUAGUUUCACACAAAAUCGAGAUUCACUAAAAAUUGCAAAAGAACUAACCUAUUUUACUCACAAAUACUACUAAUACAGUUUGAAAAUCGACGCCCGACGUCACUUUUUAUUUCUAAUGGUGACGUUUUUUGAAAGAUCUAAGUUCCCUCCAUUAUUUUGCACUUUUAUAUGAUAUUUUAUGGUUAAUAACUAAAAAAGUAUCGUAUUAUGUAUAUAACAUAUUUGAAAUACCAUUUAUGUAUAUUACCUAUUGUCAGUAUAGACUAUAGAAUUGUUUUGACGUUUAAUAAUUGCUCAGUACUUAUUCGAAUCUGUUUUUAUACAGAUUAUAAUUCAUCUUUCAUAGUUUUUUACUGGUCUGUGGGCAGGGCCGUCCGUAUGUGUAUAUUGUCUUUGCUCGUGUGUGUAACCAUAACUAAUAAAACACAAUUCAUUGUGUAUGUGUGGCACGAUAAUCGGCACUGAGGUAGUUUUGUUAACAUUUAUAUAUUUUUUGCUGUUUUAUUAAAUACAAUGAUGGACUAUGAUAUGACAAUAAUGUUGGGUAGUAAAAUAUUUUGAAAUGUUUAAUAUAUAUAGAAUAACACAGUGUAGUAGCUACUUUUGUGUUGCUUAUAUGGAAUUUGUAACUGGUAUUUAAGGUAUUUAAAAAAAGUAAUAAGUUUUUUAAAGGAAUAUAUAAAUUUAUAACGCUAUGGAUCCAGCGCAGCGGUGUGAAGGUAUGAAAGUAAAGUAAAAUGGAAAACGAAACGAUGACGCUUAUUUAGUACGUCGACAACGAAAUUUUCAAUCGAGUUUAUUUUACUUAAAGAAUAUAUAAAAUAAUGAUUAUUUCAGCAGAAUAGUCAGAUUAAGGUCCAUAUUCUUUUCGCUGUCAAAUAUGUCAAUCUUCAUACAGGAAAAAUGGUUUGACAGCUCUGGAUAUGUGAUUUAAAUUUAGUUGACGUUCUAGCCUGAUACGGAAAUUCUCGACCAAUCACAAUUGCGUCAUCGCUUUGUCUUUUGUUUUUAUCAAGCUACUGUCAGGUUGACAGAUGCAAGUAAUAAUGUAGUAAUCUGUGGAUAUUUUGGCAUUAAAUAUAACCUGUUAUAUUCAUAUAUGUUAGAGAUUUACAUUUAGAGAGAAAUGCUAAGUUAUAUUCUCGGAAUAAAUAAGGAGGGAAGCAAGUAUAACGCUAUAUAAUUUGCUUGAGUGAAAUAAAAUAGGUUAAACUCCCAAUAACGAUAAUAUAAGAUAAAGCUAUCGCAACCUUAUUUAUUCCGUGGAUAUAUUUCUUCGUAUAUUAGCUUUUGUCUAUUACACGCAUAAAAGGCUGAAGUGAUUCUAAUGGAUUUUAAUAUAACGCGUUUAUAGUUUGUGGGGCUUCAUUUAGUAAAUUAACAAUAAUUGUUAUAUAAAUUUUGUUAUGCAAUUGAUUUUUUUUCGGCGUAUUGGUUUUUUAUGAAUACCACAAUGUUAAUAAUGAAAUGUUAUUGUAAUGUGUAUCUAGUCUAGUUGUAAAUAAUUGUAAUUGUUUUACAAAAGUAAGAAUAUAUUGUCUUUUGUAAUUUUGUAGAAGUCGUUACAAGA